GGUGCAUUGUCAUGUGGCAUGCAUAUUGCCGUAUGUAUUGGCGCUAUGCUAGCCGCGAUAUUGUCGCUGGAUUUCGUUCUUGGAACAUCCAGCUUAUGGGGUGUACUGCUGUCUUUACCAGGUGUUUUCGCUGGCAUACAAAUGAUCAUCGCUACAUUCUUACCCGAUACACCCAAUCAUUUAUUGGUUGAAGGGAAUCGCAAACAAGCUGUUUCAUCCAUUAAAUUCUAUUAUGGAAUGAACGACGCUUGGGAUGAGAGCUUAAUCAGCAAAUAUAGAGAAUUGGUGCUAAAAGUGCCAGAGCAAAUAUCAUAUCAAGAUGCAUUUCGUGAUCCAUCGUUGAGAUGGUCGAUCUUCGUCGGUAUGAUCGUCAGUGGAUCGCAGGUGUUCUGCGGAAGCAUGGCCACUAUUUCAUAUUCAACCAGCAUGUUCAACUCAGUGUCUUUUGUAUCACCAUUGGUACCAUUCCUGCCAACAAUUGGUGCUGCGUUGAGUGUGAUUUUAACACUGCCUGCUAUUUGUUUGGUUGAGAAGUAUGGUAGACGAGUGCUCUUUAUCAGCUCUUUACUCAUACUGGUAUUAUGUGAUUAUUUUCUCGCCAUAUUCACAGUUCUGUCGCAAAAUGUCGAAUUCGUCGGAUUAAGUUUGUGGUCAGUGUUAUUUGGAGUAGCGUUCUUCUUCUACGGAUUAGCGUAUAAUCUUGGAGUGGGACCGACAGCAUUCUUUAUACCGGGUGAAUUGGUGCCGUCACAGGUGGUUUCUGUAGCACUUGGAGCUGCCGUAGCAACCAACUGGUUUGGUUCGCUUGUAACAACAUUCCUGUUUUAUCCGUUGAAUUUGGCUAUCGGUGGAUGGUCAUACCUAUUAUUCGCUAUACCGAGCACAAUCUUUUUAAUCUUCCUAUGGAAUUUUUUGCCUGAAACGAAGCACAAAGAUAAAGGAGCGAUCGAAUGGGAGAGUUUGGUGGAUUUUGGCAAACCGGAUCAAUAUGGGACGUUCAUGAUCAGACAGUUCUAA